CCCGGAGCCCACUGCAGUGGAAGACUACCAGUACCGCUACACAACACUAGUCUACGUAGCGGUUGGCUCCCGACUGCCCUUUUCGGGACGAUAAAACAGACGGGAGUCAUCGGUGAAUGUUUGACACGGCCGAAUAUCUUACCUGCCAGAUACAGGUAUAAAACAUCCCGAGUCCCUUCCUCACAUCAUUCUAAACCCUUGUAUUGUCCCCCUUUCGGCCCAUUCGCCGUCCAAUACUCACCCAAAAACAGUCACAAAAAGCCACUCACCACCACUCCAUCACUACCAUUAAAAAUGGGCAAAGUUCACGGUUCCCUUGCUCGUGCCGGCAAGGUCAAGUCUCAGACUCCCAAGGUUGAGCCCCAGGAAAAGCCCAAGACUCCCAAGGGCCGUGCUCACAAGCGCGAAAUCUACACUCGCCGUUUCGUGAACGUUGUCACCGGUCCUGGCGGCAAGCGCAAGAUGAACGCCAACCCCUCUGCUUGAAGGGCUUAUCUUUUGGAAUGUUGCUCAUUCGCAAAUAAGCAAGCAAGCAUCUCAUGGCGUCUCUAGGCGUUUACUGAUUCUACCUACGAGGGAAAUGGUCAUGGCCAUGGGCAUAUCGGGAACGCAGGAGCAUGUGUUGGACUUGGGUACUCAGUUCAUCCUCUACUAUAGGCUAGGUUUCCGGUGCAAAGGCGUUUUGAUGGAAUCUGAUGAUGCCCCCUUCUUCCAGCUAGGUACAAUAGGAAAAUCGAUUUGCCCUUUGGGCACUUAUUCAGAAAACG